GAAUGCGAGCCUCAAUCAAAAGAAGAAAGAAGAAGAAGAACAGUCAAGCACCGAUUCUUCAGUGAGGCUACUGUAAUCCAGCGCUGUUGCUCGUCCUCAAGUAUGGAGUCCUGCUUUCUGAUUUUCGCGUUUUUCUUCGCUUUCAGUCUUGCCAGUGGAGAGUGGACACUCAAAUUUGUCACUGUGCUGUAUCGUCAUGGGGACAGAUCUCCAAUCAAAGCCUAUCCAACUGAUCCAUACCAGGAGAGCAACUGGCCCCAGGGGUUUGGACAACUUUCUCAGGAGGGAAUGAGGCAGCAUUUUGAACUAGGCCACUUUUUAAGAAAACGCUACACAGGAUUCCUGAGUGAGGACUAUGAGCGGCAUGAGGUAUUUAUACGAAGUACAGAUGUUGACCGGACUCUGAUGAGUGCAGAGGCUAACCUGGCUGGCCUGUUCCCACCUAACGGUUCGGAAGUGUUUCAGCCAGAUCUAAAAUGGCUUCCGAUUCCUGUUCACACUGUCCCCAAGGAUAAAGAGAUGCUGCUCUCAUUCCCGCUGGAAAACUGUCCACAUUACAAACAGCUCAUGAACGAGACUGAAAAAUCAGACAUCUUUCUAAACAUGACCGACACGUACAAGGAUUUUAUAGAGAUGGUGCGAAAUAAAACGGGACUUAAGACCGCCUCCAUUGAGACAGUUUGGAGUGUCCAUGACACAUUGUUCUGUGAGGCAAAACAUGGGAUGCAGCCACCUCCCUGGGUGACUCCAGAUGUGAUGGAGAUGCUGAGGGUUUUAAAGGACUUUGCCUUUCAGAUCAUGUUUGGAGUCUAUAAGAGAAAAGAGAAGUGCAGACUUCAGGGAGGCCUGCUGUUAGAACAGAUCAUUAAGAAUCUCUCAGCUGCUGCUGCUGCUUCAGACUCUAAACAAGAAUUGAAGAUGAUUGUAUACUCCGCUCAUGACACAACUGUUGUAGCUCUGCAAGAAGCUCUGAAUGUCUUUAAUGGACUGCAACCGCCCUAUGCUUCCUGUCAUCUAAUUGAGCUUUACCAGGAGGAGAAUGGGUCAUUUUCAGUGGAGAUGUUUUAUCGCAAUGACAGCUCAAUGCUGGAGCCGUAUGCUUUGUCAUUACCAGGUUGUUCUCAGCGCUGCCUCCUACAGGACUUUUUAAACCUCACACAUGAAGUUAUACCAAAAGACUGGACACGAGAGUGCCAGAUCAGCAAAGAAGCCACUGACACUGAGGUCAUCAUUGGACUGGCUUUGUGUGGCUGCUUACUCUUCCUACUGAUAUCACUGCUGUUUGUAGUGCUAUGUUGUCAGAGAGAUCCGUUGGCUGGCUAUAGACAUGUAAUAAAUGAGAGUGACUCCUGACAAUCAUACCAGCUCCUCCGAAAAGAGGAAACCUGGGACAGUGAAGAGGACCUGUGAGGACACAACCUCAACAUAUCAGAAACUGUAAGCCAACACAGACUGUCUCAACUACUUUUGGCCUAAACUUUUAUUUAUAUUGGGGGAGACGUGGCAGUUUUAUUAACCUUUUUGUUUUAGUACCUGGAAGUGUUUAGAGAGAGCAAAGGGAAUCAAAAGUUAUGGUUGUUUCAAUAACAUUAACAGCAUUGAGUGACUUCAUUUGUGUUAAUAGUUUUGAAUCUUUAUUGUGUUGUUUACAAAUAUCAAGGAGGGCGGAGCUACAACUUUUACUUUAAAUCUCAGAAUACUCCUGAGAAGUGGACCAGAUUAAAGCUGCUCUUCCAGAGGUGUCUGUCCUCUCUAAACGCAAGUACUACUAGUGCCCCCCAUUUGAGCUCCUGGCCCAUUAGUUAAAGUAUGCUUAUGAGAGGAUUGUACUCGAUACAUUUGCCUGAUUCAGGUCGUGCAAUGAAAGUGUCUUAUUCAAUUUUGAAUGUUCACAAAAUAGGCUUACUGGAUAAACAUUGAGGCCUUAUCACACUUAUUCAUUGAAUAAACUUUUAUUGUGAUAAUCUCAUUUUAACAAUAUAGAUUGAUUUGUAAAUUUCAGAAUUUAAAAAAACAGCUUACUGAUUUGGUGUCUUCUCACCAACGCAGAUCAGAUAAAUGUGGUUAUUGUUUAAAUCAUUGCUGUGUGUUUAUGGUGUGUCUGAACACAUCUGACUUUGUUACAUUUGUGAAGGAUGUUGUCUAUAAUUCUGUUCCAUGUGCAUCAUAUUUAAUACAAACAUCUUGUCAGAUUGGUAAACAUGGUAAAAGGAAUUUGGAAAUAAAU